UCUAUGGAUUCCAGCAAUAGGGAGGACAGGAUGGAGGAGAUAUGGGACUGAUGGUGCUGGUCCCCUGACGUCCGGAGAGCGGGUGCUCCCGCCUGCUGGGAACAGGACUUCUAAAACGACAAAUAUGUCUGGAAGGUUGUGGUCCAAAGCCAUUUUUGCUGGCUAUAAGCGGGGUCUCCGGAACCAGAGAGAGCACACAGCUCUUCUUAAAAUUGAAGGUGUUUAUGCUCGAGAUGAAACUGAAUUCUAUCUAGGCAAGAGAUGUGCGUAUGUGUACAAGGCAAAGAAUAACACAGUUACUCCUGGUGGCAAACCGAACAAAACCAGAGUAAUCUGGGGAAAGGUAACUCGUGCUCAUGGAAACAGUGGUAUGGUUCGUGCCAAAUUCCGAAGCAACCUUCCUGCUAAAGCCAUAGGACACAGAAUCCGUGUAAUGCUGUACCCCUCAAGGAUUUAAACUUACUGAAAAGUAAAUAAAGUGGAUUUGUUCUCUUGUAUUUUUGUUAAAUGGCUUAAAAAUCA